AUGGCCCCGCUCAAGGUCUACGUGGCGAGCGCCACCGCCAAUCCGGAGACGAAAUACCGUGUGCAGCGCACAUUGAUGAUUCUUGAUGGUCUUGGCAUCCCAUUCGAUUCCAUCGAUAUCACGAAACCGGAAAAAGCGGAAGAGCGCAAAUUCAUGAGGGAGAAUGCGACGAAGAGCGGUCCAAUUCUUCCGCCGCAAUUUUUCUACAAUGACGAAUAUUUGGGGGAUUAUGAGGAUUUCGACACUGCCGUAGAAACCGACACCAUCGUCGAUUUCCUUCGUCUUCUUCCGGAAACUUUGGCGUCAAAUGCCGACACUAAUGAGAAUGGGAAAAACGAAGAGGAGACGGCCGUAGAAGCGACGACGACAGCGAAGACGGGUAGCAGCGAUGAGCAACUCGGCGAGGAUGAGGAAUGGGAUGAGGAUGAGGAGGAAGACGAGGAGGAGGAGAAGGCGCCGGAACCUGAUCCAGGACCUUCCGACAACAAAGAGGAGAAGGUCGAGGAUGAAGCUGAGGUUGCCGAAACCGCAACAAUCAGCCUUCCGAAACCGGCGAGUCCUGACGAAUACGACGUCGAUGGGGAAGACGAGGAACUGGAAGGCGAAGACGAGGAAUGGGACGAGGAUGAGGAGGAAGAGGAAGCAUGA